CUGAGCUUCAGUCUCAGUUGGCCGGCCGAGGGCUGAGGACAGGACGCCUCAGAAUCAGGAGACUUCUCUCAGGAGAUAGAUCCUGCGCCCCCAGCAGCUGUCUCUUUUCUUCAGAAGUUUGGCGAUCCAGGCCAGCACCAUGCGUGUGGUGGUGAUCGGAGCGGGCGUCAUCGGGCUGUCCAGCGCCCUCUGCAUCCACGAGCGCUACCAUUCAGUCCUGCCGUCCCUGGACAUGAGGGUCUAUGCAGAUCGCUUCACCCCGCUCACCAACACUGACGUGGCGGCCGGCCUCUGCCAGCCCUACCUCUCGGACCCCAAAAACCCGCAGGAGGCGGAUUGGAACCGGCAGACCUUUGACCAUCUCCUGAGCCGUGUCCACUCUCCCAACGCUGCAAACAUGGGCCUGGCCCUGGUCUCAGGCUACAACCUCUUCCAUGAGCCUAUUCCGGAUCCUUACUGGAAGAACACAGUUCUGGGAUUUCGGACGCUGACUUCCAGAGACCUGGGCAUGUUUCCUGAUUACAGCUAUGGCUGGUUCAACACAAGCCUGAUUGUGGAAGGGAGCAGGUAUCUACAGUGGCUGACGGAAAGGUUAACUGAGAGAGGAGUGAAAUUCUUCCAGCGGAAGGUGGAGUCUUUUGAGGAGGUAGCAAGAGGAGGUGCCGAUGUAAUUAUCAACUGCACCGGGGUGUGGGCUGGGUCCUUGCAACCAGACCCCCUGCUGCAGCCAGGCCGGGGACAGAUCAUUAAGGUGGAUGCCCCCUGGAUGAAGCACUUCAUUAUCACCCAUGAGCCAGAGAAAGGCAUCUACAAGUCCCCGUACAUCAUCCCAGGGAUUCAGUCAGUGACUCUUGGAGGCAUCUUUCAGCUGGGGAACUGGAGUGAGCUAAACAACACCCAGGACCACAACACCAUCUGGGAAGGCUGCUGCAGAUUGGAGCCCACACUGAAGGAGGCAAAAAUUGUUGCUGAAUUGACUGGCCUCCGGCCAGUCCGCCCCCAGAUCCGGCUAGAAAGAGAACAGCUUCGUUUUGCAUCUUUAAACACAGAGGUCAUCCACAACUAUGGCCAUGGAGGCUACGGGCUCACCAUCCACUGGGGCUGUGCCUUGGAGGCAGCCAAGCUCUUUGGGCAAGUUCUAGAAGAAAGGAAGUUGCUCAGGAUGCCACCACCUCACCUCUGAAAACACCAGUAACUGCCACCUCCCCAAAGACUCAGGAUGUUGUAAGGCUUCAGGAUUGGCAUUCUGUGUGCCCCUCUUACACUCUGCAUCCCUCCAGUAGGGCUCACAUCACACUAUCACAGUGAUCUGUUUAUGCCGGUUUCCCCCACUGCGCUGCGAGUGCAUGAAGAUAAGGACCAUGUCUUAUUCCUUUUUGUACCCUCAGUAUGAAGCAUCAAGCUUGAUAGAUACAUGGUAGACACUCCCUGCACACGGACCACAUGCCAUGACAUAAUCUAAAACACAGUGAUAAUGAACAGACUCAGAGUUAACAUCAUGUUGCUGUGGGCUCCAGGCAUACCAGUGAUUGUCUGUACCCUCCUGCCUCCAGCCAAAGCCACCCCUAGACUCCACCCCUUCCUGAGCCCACUUCAUUGGACAAGACUGGAACCAACAUGAAUCUGGCCCAAUCAGCUUCCUCCCCUGAGAAUUUGGAAGCUGUGCACUGAACAGCUGAGUCAGAUGUGUUUGCAGAGCUGAGGCAGGGUGAAUGGAAGCCAUGUGCAUGCUUAGGCACAGGCAGCAGCCAUGAGGAAGCAGAAGGAAGCCGGUCUGUAGAGAAGGGUGGAAACAAGCCACGGAUCCACAGAGGGGCUGCCUUGGGCUCCAGUGGCUCCCUGGCUCCCAUUCCAUUUGGGAAACCAGGCUGCAAUUUAUUUCUGAGAUUUUUCUAAUCUCUCAGAGGUGCAAACUGGCGGCGUACCAAUGAAACCUGGCCUAUGGAUGAAUUGUAUGGGCUCACACAUUGUUUAAAGGGUUUUGAUCCAACAUACUACAAGUUGGAGAUUUUGUGUAAAGAUCCAGAUUCCUGUUCUGAAAAUUGGGAGAUCCCACUGCACAACAAAAUCAGUUAGAGUAAUAGCUGGCCUCUCUGGAGGGUCCCCAUGUUUCUCACUCUGCUAUAAUCCAUCCCUCUCUGUUGUUCCUUACAUCUCUGUUCCCCUCACUUACAUUCCCUGGCUGCCCCCCUAGGAAAUUAACUACUGAUCCCAGCCUUACAAUAAAGCUGUAUUUCUUAAUUUGAA